AUGUCCACUGCGGCUGAAGAACACACAGUGUGGAUCGGGUUCAUGGACAUCGUUCCUGUCAUCGGGACGGUAAAAGAGGCAGUGGAGCUGGUGUUGGCUCUGUACGAAGGGAAUAAAGCGGUGAUAAAGGAGAAAGAGAAGGCCGUUGAAUACAUUAAGUUGACUCUAUCUGAUAAACCAGCAGCAGCUGCAGCUGAAUUUUCUGGACUCAGAAAUGUGACAGAGGUCAGAAAGGAAAUGAUUAUUGAACAUAUGGUCAAAGGUUCCAAAAGGGGAACAAAAACUCCAACUCCAGCUCAGCAGAAAGAGAGACAGAAAAAAGUGGAGGAUAUUAAGAAAGACAUGUUAGAAAAGAUCCUUAUCAUCAAUCCAAACUUCAAUCACGAGCUGAAGGAAGAACUGGGAAGGCCAAAAAGAGGGGAACAUGUCUUCAACAAUGGCAUUCUUAGAUUUCAUUUCAAUGUGCUGACUGAUUUUAUACAAAGCCAUCGUAUUUCUAAUCUACGAGGAUAUAAUCAGCAGGCAAUGGAUACAUUAGGCAGACACACACUUCCUCAAAACACAGAAACAGAUAUUCAGACAAACAUGGUGGUUCACUUUGGUGAGGAUGAAUUCUACGUGAAUGCGAAUAGAGUGAUGUAUGGUGAAUAUUGCAGAGCACUGCGUGGUGCUUUGAUAGAUGUGCUACGCCGCAUAAACCCAGGUGAUGUGACAGAAGAGGAGAGACAAAAGGUGAAUUUUGUCAUAGAUAAUAUGAAUAAUCUUGAAAUCUAUGUGGACCAACUGGCAAAGGUCAGGUGGAUAGACAGACAAAGUAGACAGGCCCGGUUUGAACAGGUAAGACAGGAAGUUGCGAAUAUGUACAACACAGCUCGUGGGUUUGACUGGUGCAUUCGCAUUCUGCAUGAAGUUGCACCUUUGUUUGAACAUGGACAGUGAGUUUAUUUCUCCUGUUCAGGGUUGCCAGGUUUCCUUU